AUGCACAGGCCAUCCAGAUGGGCCAACAAAUAUGCAGAAACAGAAGAGGCUUUGCGACAGAAAACAAGGCGAGAAGCGAAACGACCCCGUGACGAGACGAGAACACGUCCGUUGGACCGACCGUCCAAACGGGAAGAGAGAUCUAACGUUAUUCGGGGGCCACUUCCCCCUCGACACAGGGCAGUCCCCGCCCUUGGGGUGAGGCACCUGCACGAAGUCCAACCACCCCGACCUACAGAGAACCUACCACCACCACCCACAAGAGCGGAGGAACGGCCGGCCGCGGGAAGAGCCAGAUACUGUCGAUAUCACAGGUCCACGGGACAUUCUACCGAAGAAUGUAUUACCCUACAAAAAGAAAUCGAGGAGCUUAUCCAGAAAGGACGAUCAACUGCUCGCCCCAACCAAUGGCGAAAACUUCCAUGGACACCAGCCCGGGACCCUCCCACUGGACUUAAGGAUAGGCCCCAACAGAAAGCACCCAACCAAGAAGAGGGGAAUCCAGAAGAGCAAGACGAUCGGAACUGGAAACACAAGCGUGUGAUCCACAUGAUUUGUGGCGGGCCUGCGGUGGGAGAUAGCUCUCGAGAAAGGAAACGUUGGGCUAGACAAUUAUAUGUAGGCGCAGUGCAACAUAGACCCCCCAUCAAGAAAGGCCAGAGGGACAUCAUCACCUUCUUUGAUGAAGACCUCCCGAACGGACCAACUCCACACCGCGAUGCCCUCAUCAUCACCAUGGACAUCAACGGGACCACCAUCUGGAGAGUAUUUGUAGACACUGGCAGCAGUGUCAAUGUCAUGUACCUCGAGACAUUUAACAAACUGGGACUAUCCAAAGAACAACUACACCUAGUGCGGACACCACUUGCUGGGUUCACCGGAGAUAGCAUAGAGGCUGAGGGGUGUCUCAUCUUGCCCGUGGAAAUAGGAGAAUACCCAAGGGUCCGAUCCUUAGACAUGGAGUUCGUGGUUGUUAACAUCAAUUCCGCGCACAACGUAAUUUUAGGACGUCCGGGUUUAGAGGAUCUGGGGGCCGUGGUGUCGCUCGAGCAUCUGUGCUUAAAAUUCCGAACACCCGAAGGAGUGGGGAUCGCUAAAUGCGAUCGCCAUGUGGCCCGGUCAUGCUACCUCCUCUCUUGCCGGCAGAUUGGGAGAUGCGACCUGCAGGUCCAAGCUAUCACCGAGAAAACCAAAGGAGAGGAGACUAAGGAAAGGCCGGAACCCGUAGCCGAUUUAGAAGAAGUAGCUUUGGAGGACUCCAGACCAGAUAGAACGAUCAAGAUAGGCAAAGGGCUAACAGAAGAGGUCCGCUUGAGCAUCUUACAAACACUGAAAGAGUGCAAAAUCCUAUUCGCUUGGGGACCCGAAGACAUGCCCGGAAUUGACCGGUCGGUCAUCACCCACCGCUUAUCUGUUUAA